CAUAGGCAAUAUCUAAUGCAGCUUUAUGAAAUACAGAGAGUGUCCUCGAUCAAAAGGUGCGGAGAUCUUCAUUACAUUCACUGCGGAAAACCACUUACUGAAAGGAGAUGGAUUGGACGGACCCCUUCCCAGUGGUGCUCCUGCUCGCCCUCACACUUACACUCCUCUUGAAAUGGGCUGGUUUCUGGAGCAGCAGCUCCCGAGCCCUUCCACCAGGACCCAGGCCUUUCCCUCUAAUUGGAAAUCUCCACAUCUUCGAUCUGAAGCGGCUCCACAGAACAAUGCUAAAGUUGUCAAAAGAGUAUGGCUCCAUCUUCAGCAUCCAAAUGGGAGUCCGGAAGAUGGUGGUACUGACAGGGUACGAGACAGUAAAGGAGGCGCUGGUGAACCAGGCUGAUGCAUUUGCAGAGAGGCCCUACAUCGCGAUCUUUGAUGAGUUUGCAAGGAACUUUGGUGAGAUCGUUGAAGAGUGCGGCUCUCUGAUAAAGGCACUUGAAUCCCAUGGAGGAAAUCCCUUUGAAGGCACUACAAUUAUGAAUGCAGCUGUUUCCAAUAUUAUAGUGUCUAUACUAUUUGGCAAGCAAUUUGAAUAUGAUGAUGCCAGAUUUCUCAGAUUGCUAAAGUUGGUCAGUGAAAAUAUCCGGCUUGGGGGAAGCCCUUCAGUCCUGCUGUAUAACAUGUUUCCUGCAUUUGGCUUCCUUUUGGAUAGUUGUAAGACUGUCCUUAAAAACAGAGAUGAAGUAUUUGCUUUCAUAAAUGACACCUUUGUCAAACACCUCAAAGACCUGGAUGAAAAUGACCAACGGAAUUUUAUUGAUUCAUUUUUGAUUCGACAGCAAGAGGAGAAAAAGAGCACGAGUACUGGCUUCUUCCAUCAGGAAAACCUAAGAGCUCUUGUUUCUGACUUGUUUGGUGCUGGCACAGAGACCACGUCAAGCACUCUGCGCUGGGGCAUAUUGCUCAUGAUGAAGUACCCUGACAUUCAGAGUGAGUACUUCUGUGGGUCUGGCUCCCUUUCCGCACUAUUUGGGGCUUAAGUAUGAAAAACCAGAGU